GUGUCCAGCCAACAUGGCGCCAGUGGAGCACGUUGUGGCUGAUUCGGGAGCAUUCCUACGGGAUGCGGCUCUGCAGGACAUCGGGAAGAACAUCUACACUAUUCGGGAGGUGGUCAGCGAGAUUCGGGACAAGGCCACGCGCAGACGGCUAGCAGUCCUGCCCUACGAGCUGCGUUUCAAGGAGCCUUUCCCGGAAUACGUGCGGCUGGUGACUGAGUUUUCAAAGAAAACUGGAGACUAUCCCAGCCUCUCUGCCACAGAUAUACAAGUGUUGGCACUCACCUACCAAUUGGAGGCAGAAUUUGUAGGAGUUUCUCACCUAAAACGUGAACCAGAAAAGGUUAAAGUGAGCUCAUCGAUUCAGCAUCCAGAAACGCCUCUACAUGUCUCUGGUUUCCAUCUGCCCUCAAAGCCUAAACCCCCACGAGAAACAGAACGUGGACACCCAGAAGGCAAACCCGAGGACCUAGAAUUUAGUUCCUUCCUGUUCUGGAGAAACCCUUUGCCUAAUAUCGAUCAUGAGCUUCAAGAGUUGCUGGUUGACAAAGAUGAGGAUGUUCCAAGUGAAGAGGAGGAGGAGGAAUAUGAAGAACGGCAAGAUGAAGACAGUGAUGGUGAUGGGGGUGGGUGGAUAACCCCCAGCAAUGUCAAGCAGAUCCAGCAGGAGUGGGAGCAGUGUGCCAUCCCCAGGGACGUGCAGGUGGGCUGUGUGACGACAGACUUCGCCAUGCAGAAUGUCCUGCUUCAGAUGGGACUGCACGUGCUGGCAGUGAAUGGUAUGCUGAUCCGUGAGGCCCGGAGCUACAUCUUGCGCUGCCAUGGCUGUUUCAAGACAACAUCUGAUAUGAGCCGGAUAUUCUGUUCACAUUGCGGCAACAAGACCCUGAAGAAAGUGUCUGUGACCGUCAGCGAGGAUGGCACGAUGCACAUGCACUUCUCCCGCAACCCCAAGGUGCUGAAUCCUCGAGGCCUGCGGUAUUCCCUUCCUACUCCCAAAGGGGGUAAAUAUGCCAUCAACCCCCAUCUGACUGAAGACCAGCGAUUUCCUCAGCUGCGGCUCUCACAAAAGGCCAGGCAGAAGACUGAUGUUUUUGCCCCUGACUACAUAGCUGGGGUUUCUCCCUUUGUUGAGAAUGAUAUAUCUAGCCGAUCAGCUAUGUUGCAAGUCCGAGAUAAGACCUUGGGAGCUGGGAGGAGACGGUUAAAUCCCAAUGCUUCCAGAAAAAAGUUUGUGAAGAAAAGGUGAAGUACAAACUCUCACAGACAAACUGGAUUGCUUUGGGGCUGCUAAGGUGUUCUGGUGUCUCGUUUCUCCAGUUCUGUCAACUCCAGAACCUUCUGGAUGGAAAAAAAUGGGCUUGGCUCAGAACCUUCUGGAUGGAAAAAAUGGGCUUGGCUCACAUCGUGCUACUUCACCACUCACUGAGGUGUGUUGGGUUUGGUUGAAUGAGGCAUCUCCACAGCUGGGAGUCUACGCUGAGGGGAAUUUGAUGAAAAGGAAAGAAUACUGUGUGGGAGUAAAUCUUCAACCUUUAAACAAGGAAACUGCUAUAUGAGUUUUUUGUUUUUUUGUUUGUUUGUUUGUUUUUUAAUAAAUGUGGUU